CAAUUUCCCAUCCAAACGACACCUAUUUCCCUCCUCUCCCUCGCUGUGGCCGCUGCCAAGCUCCGUCACUUCUUCUUGCUCAGUGUACGCUCAUGGCUUCUCUCGACGCUUAUUCUUCUUACUCUUCCUCAGUUUUCAUCUCCGGUCUCCGUUCAUUACCUAAUCAAUUGCAGACAUGGAAUCUUUUCUACCUCAAGUGCCCCUCCUCUCGUCGUUAUCCAUCCUCCCCUUCCCCUUUCUCCACCCUCACCUCUUCCCUCCACGUCCCAGCCGCCCUUGCCGCCGCCCCUUCCCCUGCUCGAUUACGUCCCCGCGCCGAUAGCAUCGACCUCGACAACGACCCAAUCUCCCUCCUCCAUCUCAGAAUUCGCCGCUACCACACCAGCCGGGAUUCCUCCUCCAGACCUGCCAUGGACUCCAAGGAGGCCGAUAAAUACAUUCAGCUGGUGAAGGAGCAGCAGCAGAGAGGUUUGCAGAAGUUGAAGGGAGAAAGGCAGUCCAAAUCCAACUCUGACGCCGGAGGAUUUAGCUAUAAGGUCGACCCCUACACACUCUGUCCCGGAGACUACGUCGUCCACAGGAAGGUCGGUAUUGGGAAGUUUGUCGCCAUCAAGUUCGAUAUCCCUAGCCCUUCUUCUCCGCCCAUCGAGUAUGUCUUCAUCGAAUACGCUGAUGGCAUGGCCAAGCUCCCUCUUCACCAGGCCUCUCGCUUGCUUUAUCGUUACAAUCUCCCCAACGAAACGAAAAGACCUCGGGCGCUGAGCAAAUUGAGCGACCCAGGUGCGUGGGAGAAGAGAAAGACCAAAGGUAAGGUUGCAAUCCAGAGAAUGGUUGUUGACUUGAUGGAGUUGUAUUUGCACCGGCUAAAGCAAAGACGGCCUCCUUACCCGAAGAAUGCUGCCGUGGCUGAGUUUGAAGCUCAUUUUCCUUAUGAACCCACGCCUGAUCAGAAACUGGCUUUCCGUGAUGUUGAGAGGGAUCUAACUGAGAGGCAAACUCCAAUGGACAGAUUGAUAUGUGGGGACGUUGGUUUUGGGAAAACAGAAGUUGCUUUGCGUGCCAUCUUCUGUGUUAUCUCGGCAGGAAAGCAAGCAAUGGUUUUAGCACCAACAAUUGUCCUGGCCAAGCAACACUAUGAUGUAAUUUCAGAACGUUUUUCUAAGUAUCCUGAUGUCAAGGUCGGACUUCUUAGUCGGUUUCAGACCAGAGCAGAAAAGGAAACUUAUCUGGAAAUGAUCAAACAUGGUGAUUUGGACAUAAUUGUUGGGACUCACUCACUUCUUGGAAGCCGUGUUGUGUAUAACAAGUUGGGUCUUCUUGUUGUUGAUGAAGAACAGAGGUUUGGUGUCAAACAAAAGGAGAGGAUAGCCUCUUUCAAAACUUCUGUUGAUGUGCUUACUCUCUCAGCAACUCCAAUACCUCGAACUCUUUAUUUAGCACUCACCGGAUUCCGUGAUGCAAGUUUAAUUUCAACGCCACCACCUGAAAGGGUUCCUAUAAAGACCCAUUUGUCUCCAUACAACAAAGAGAAGGUAGCAUUGGCAGUAAAAAAUGAGUUGGACCGGGGAGGCCAAGUGUUUUAUGUCUUGCCACGUAUUAAAGGACUAGAAGAAGUUAAAGAUUUCCUUGAACAUUCAUUUCCUGAUGUCGAAAUAGCCAUUGCACACGGGAAGCAAUACUCAAAGCAACUUGAGGACACCAUGGAGAAAUUUGCGCUAGGUGAAAUAAAGAUUCUCAUAUGUACCAAUAUAGUAGAAAGUGGGCUUGAUAUUCAGAAUGCAAAUACCAUCAUAAUUCAAGAUGUUCAGCAAUUUGGACUGGCACAACUGUAUCAGGUUCCACUCCGACAACCUUGUACAUUUUUAUGUUCUCGAGUUCAAUUAUUGUUGCUGACCAAUGGCCAGACCAUUUCUCGGAAUAUUGCCAUUUUUUCAAUGUUAUCACUGAAGUUACGUGGAAGAGUGGGCCGGGCAGAUAAGGAAGCUCAUGCUUACCUAUUUUAUCCCGACAAAUCAUUCCUAACUGAUCAAGCCCUGGAGAGACUGCAAGCAAUGGAAGAAUGCCGAGAACUUGGACAGGGUUUCCAAAUUGCUGAAAGAGACAUGGGUAUAAGAGGCUUUGGGACAAUCUUUGGUGAGCAACAAACUGGGGAUGUGGGGAAUGUUGGCAUUGAUCUCUUCUUUGAAAUGCUUUUCGAGAGCUUGUCCAGGGUUGAAGAGCACUGUGUGGUAUCAGUUCCUUACAAUUCUGUUGAGAUUGAUCUGAAUGUAAAUCCCCAUCUUUCUUCCGAAUACAUAAAUUAUCUGGAGAACCCCAUUAAAAUUAUUGGUGAAGCAGAGAAAGCUGCAGAGAAAGACAUUUGGAGUCUGGUACAGUUCACAGAGAAUUUGAGGCGCCAAUAUGGAAAAGAGCCCCACACCAUGGAAAUUUUACUGAAGAAACUAUAUGUGAGGAGAAUGGCUGCAGAUAUGGGGAUAAUGAGAAUAUAUGCUUCAGGAAAGAUGGUUGGCAUGAAAACAAACAUGAGCAGAAGAGUUUUCAAGCUGAUGACAGACUCUCUGUCUUCAAAUGUGCAUGGGAACUCCUUGGUCAUUGAAGGAGACAUAAUAAAGGUAAGCUUUGCUACUGCCUGGUUGGCAGAAUUACUACUGGAGCUCCCAAGUGAACAGCUGCUAAAUUGGGUGUUCCAGUGCUUGUCGGAACUUCAUGCGUGUCUGCCUAACCUCAUAAAAUACUAGAUUUGCAUAGGUGAACCUUAGAUAGGUGGUAUUCUUUGGGAGCCUGCUUAUUUAGCAGGUGAUUGCAUCCUUGUGCGGAAGCAGAUCUUGGACUUGGAUGUUAGUAUAUGUGGAGAAGAUCCAGAGGGGAAAAAGUAAAGGGAUUGAUAAGUAAAACAUGUACAUGGUACUGGCUUGGCAGAGCGUUUUGCGCGGAUUUGGUUUAUUAUUAUGAGUUCUUAGGAUUAGGUGGGUCAGUUGGAGAUGUCAGUGUGGGAUGGCCUAGACAGUGAAGAAGAAAAACUGUUAAGGGAUGGUGAAGUAGAUGUGGGUUACAUUAGAGUAUGAUUACAAGGGUGGUCCUGGAUGGAGGAGACACAUGACAUACUGCAAUUGUACUGCCUUCCAUCGAAAUUUUGUUUUAUAUUCUUAGCCAGAUUUUAAUGCUGAUGAGUGUAUGUGUGGAGGUGUUGAACCUUAUCUCGACAAUACUAAUUUGAUGAAGAAAUCCAGUCGAUACCCAGACCCAGACCAAGACUCAGCAGCAAGUAAAUGUAACGUUUGCCAGAUGUUGCAGUUUGAUCAGUUCAAAGCUAGACAGUGGACUUUCAGCUUGCUCUUAUCACUCAUUCCCAACUUCGAGGCACCAACGGUAUAAGGCCUUGUCGUUACCGCUGGGAAUGCAGUAAGUUCUGUUGCGAAAAGGGUGGAAGCGACAGGACGGUUCGAUGCUAUGUCAAGGGAGUACUGCAGGUUCUGGGCAGUGAUAAGGAGAACAAGCAUUCUGAAUCUCAUCCAUGUGGUAGAAUGGAGAUAGGAAGAAGCGUCUCACCAAAUUUUCAGGGCAAAAUGAACCCCAAAUUUUCAGGUUUUGGACUCAACUGGAAGCAAUCAGGGCCUCGUCGGUGGAAGGGAGGAGGCGGCGGAGGAAAGUGGGCUCGAGGUAGAUGAUGCUACUCGCGGCAAUAAUUGCCGCAGUGAUGGGAGGGUUCAAUGGCAAUCUGUACUACUCGGUGGCGGAGCGAAGAUGCCAUCAUUCUCGCUCUGCUCCAUCGAGAUAGGUUAGGGGAUCGUGAUGAAUAUGGAAACAUGUAAUUACCCACCUCCGGCUAGCUCCGAUGCUGGAAAAGAUUGGCGAACGGAAAUGAAAGAGCAUUCGUGCCGGGAUCAAAUAGCCGGCCUGAGCCAAGAAUGUUGGGAUGACGGCCUACUUCCUCAAGUUAGAAGUUCCUCUUUCACAAACCAU